UUCACCGGUGGGAGGCGCCUGAUUUGAAUUUUCUCACAGGUGAGAUGCAUAAAACAGGUAAGAUGAGGAUCGACGCCACUUCUGCUUCGUUUGUCAUCGGCGUUGAGGUAUCCACAGCUCUGUAACAUGGGUUCCAAACUCGAGAGUGCAAUGGAGGGGCUAAUUCGAGUGUUCCACUCAUACUCCUCAAAAGAAGGGGACAAGUACAAACUGAGCAAAGUUGAGCUGAAGAAUCUGUUACAGGGCGAACUGAGUGACUUCCUGGCGGCAAGUAAGGACCCUAUGGUAGUAGAGAAGAUCAUGAGUGAUCUGGAUGAAAACAAAGAUGGCGAAGUGGACUUUCAGGAGUUUGUCAUCUUGGUUGCUGCGCUGACUGUGGCCUGUAACGAGUUCUUUGUAGAGAGCCUGAAUGAAUGAGUUUGGAAACAGUCUGUGACCUCUGCUUUCUACUCAUUAUUUAUUGUUAAUAAAACAAACGUGUAUGCUUAAUUUUUUUUUAAUACUUUCUGACAGAAACCCGCAAAGGUUUCAAUAUAGUCACAUAAUGGUUAUUUCUAAAAGGCUCUUUUGACUGUUGUAAAAUGAUUGCCGCUGUCGAGAAUCCUGCAAUGGACUGACCACUUUCAGUGGACUAUCACUCUCAUUGCACUAGUAGUUAACAUUCUGCUCAGAUCAAUAAAGGUGAUUGCUGUCUAAAUAUGUUAAACUCAGCUCAUCGUAGACUUGAGUGCACAUUACCAUUGCAUGUGUAAUCUGGAGCGGUAUGAAUAAUUUCUCAGGAGUGCUGAUUUAGGAUCAGUUAUGCCUUUUAGAUCACAAUGACUAAGAUUACAUGGACAGUAGAGACCUGAUCCUAGAACAGUACUUGUACUGAGACUCUUCA